AGAGCUGCAGGAAGUCUGUUAGUAAGUCUGUUAGUAAGUAAAGGUGCUGCGUUCUUGUCUGGCUUGCAACUUUUCUAUCACCUGACCCAGCACAGAGUAAAGGGCAAAGGAACUGGCUGAAUUAUCACUAGAAAACACAGUCAGUAAUGGAGACCAAAUACUUGUUCCUGCCUCUUCUACUACUCAUGGGAUCAACCAAUGCAGUGUACAAACAGUGGAUACCUAAUACCAACUAUGAGAAUGCUUUAAACUGGAAUGAACAGAGAGUUCCAUGCUCCCAGGAUACAGUGAUGUUUGACAGUGGCAAGAAGGUUUCAGUCUAUGUUCAAGCAAGUCAUUCCCUAAAGGACAUGUACCUGCCGUGGGAUGGAGAGUUCAUUCUGUCACCGAGCGCAGGCUUCUUGGCCUCUACUGAAGAUAUUGCAGAAUGUGGUAAAGGGUCGACUAUAAUGUUCCGAGACACAGACCAGCACAAGUGGCUUGAUCCUACUUUGUGGCUAUCUGGUCUUUCAGUGGAUGAUCUUGAGGGGGGCAAAUCUCUCUUUCACGUGGAUGCAGAGCGCGUACCCUGUCAAUACGAUGAUGUAAUAUUUCCCCCAGAAACAUCAUUUUGCGUUAGCAUUGAGGCAACAGACUCUGCAAUCCAGCUAAAAAGCAUUUCUGUAAUGGGACAGAAAUUUAGCAGGGACGAGGACUUUUCCCAGUAUCGUCAGUCAAAUACUGGAAAACUACAGUUCACUGGACCCGGCAGCCUGCAGAUCACAAACACCAAGUGCAGAGAUAAAACUGGAUGUGAAUGUGGGAAUAACUUGUUCCUCAGAGAAAUCUGCUCCAACCUGCUGAGGCACCAUGGGAAUAAAUGUCCCGAAGUCACAUGUGCUAAUCCCUUGCAGCCAGUCGGACACUGCUGUGAAAUAUGUGGAGCCACUGUCUCUCUAGAACACUCAUCUCAAUUUGACCUGGAGAACUAUCGCAAUCGCCUCACCCACACGUUCCUCAGCCUGACUAAAUAUUCAGGUGUUAAACUGGCCAUCUCCAAAGUACAAAAGCCCCUGACUGUGCUAGGAAUAAUACCUCGAGGUUCCAUCCCUGAAAUACAGAUUGUGAUCAUUGAUGAUAAAAAUGGGUCCCAGACAGGAAGUGAUGCACAGCAGCUUGCUUAUGACAUCAUGUCGGACAUACAAAGCCACGGGCAAACUUUCGGUAUUAUAAAAGGAAAAUUGUUAUUGGCUACAGGCAGUGGCACAAGCGCCCACAAAACUGACAUACCAGUGGGGACAAUUUUUGCAAGUGUCAUUGGGUUUAUUAUUUGUGUGGCUUUGAUUGGAGCCACCUACUUCCUCUACAGAACUGGGGUUAUAAGACUGCCAUCAUUUCAUGCAAUAACAUUUAAGAGAAUGAGAAACAGAACUGAAGAAGUAGUUACCAAUAUGGAAAGCAAAGGAUUUGAAAAUCCAAUAUUUGAUGGGAUACCAGAUAACUCAACAGAUGUUCCACCAUUAUAUGAGGGAGAGGAAGCACUGAAAGGAAUUGUUAUCAGACAGACUGGUGUACAGUUUACAAAUCCUUUAUAUGAUGAUUCUACUAAUGACAUUUAAGGGCAAUGUUAAUAAAUUGUUGGGAAACAGCACAAUGGAGUGUAAAGUAAUAGAAACAUUAACAUAGGCAGAGACUUUUUUGUUUGGGGAGGCUAAAGAUGGGCCAUACACAGACUAACCUUAAGCUAAUGUGACACUUAGUGGAUUCACUGCUGGUGUAAAAAAUUAACCUUCCAACUACCUCUUACUGUUUCCACUGACUCCCAGGGAUACUGUGCAAAAGUGUGGAUGGGAGUGUUUUUUUUACCCUAAAAUGCUUCGGAUGUAUGUUUGUUAUGUAUUCAUAACGUGCACUUCUGUGAGGGAUUCUCCAUCCAUUUGUGUUUGGGAUCAAUUAGCUUAAAUGGGAAGUUCACCUUUAA